GUAAAAUAAAUAACUGUGUGUAAAAAUAAAGGAUACUUCAUGUUGAAACGCUCAUAUUUAGCACCAAUGGUGUUCACUAAGUUGAUGGUUUAUAUUUAGCAUGUUGUAGUGUACUGGUAAACUUAGAAAGUUACCACUAAUAUACCCUCCCUUUGCAACCCUAGUCAGGCUACAGUGUUGUUCUUACAUGUAAAGGGAAUCUUUUCGUAAGAAAUCCAGCACUACCGGACAUUUUACAGAAGGCAGAGAGGACAACGGGUAGAGGUAAGAGGGGGACUGUCUGUCAGGCUAGCUGGGCAGCCCGUCUCUGGGGUAACGUCAUGGUUAAGGACAGAUCAGGUCUGUCAGGCUAGCUGGGCAGCCCGUCUCUGGGGUAACGUCAUGGUUAAGGACAGAUCAGGUCUGACAGGCUGCAGUGUUGUUGUUCUUAUAAGUCUGAUCUGAAGAAAUCCAGCACUAACUGACAUAUUGCACAGUAGAGAGGGCAGAGGUUAGGGGAGAACAUGGAGGGACUUAUGACCGUCCUGGGUAAUGUCAUGGUCACCCAAACCCCCGGCUGUCAGAGACUGUCUGUCAGUACUGUUUUAUGUGACACAUAAACACAUUUUGCUUUGAAGUGAUCUGAAGGUGAAAGUUAGGGUUAGGAACGAUCCCGGUUUGGCCUGGAAUUUCCAAAUACAAAUCAAAUCAAAUCGUAUUUGUCACAUUCUUUGUAAACAACAGGUGUAGUCUAACAGCGAAAUACUUAGUUACGGGUCCUUUUUCCAACAAUGCAGAAUUAAAGAUUACAGAUCCAUAAAAAAGAAAGACAUGUUGAACGUCUUCCCGUAAGUGAACAUUAAAUGUCUGAGUAGUGUAGAGUACCACAUGCUACUGUAUACCCAGUGCUGUAUCAUCUGAACAACACAGUGGUUGAUAUAUUCCAUAGGUUGACCCAUGAUGCUGAUUCCCAUUACAUCUGGUGUCGUAGCUAUUAGGGAACAGUGUUGACGCCCUCUUCAUUCACUUACUUUGUUGGCCAUUAGUCAGUCAGACGAGAGGCCAAUGGUUUUUACCUCAGAGCUGAGUGCUGCCCCUGGGUGUAAGUCACACCACUCUGAGAGGGAGAGAGAGAGGGGGAGGUAGGGAGGAGGUGGGGGGAGAGGAGCAGCGGGGGUUGCUAUACUUGGCAAUCCAGAGGGAUUAGUGACAAAGAUGACUGGGAUGUCUGGGUCUUUGUGUGUGUGUGUGUGCUAUGUAUGUCUGUACCUGGUCAGCUGACAUGUUCCCAAAUCCAAGCGAGAAAGCUCUCAUUAUCAUUGUCACGCUGUCACGGCGACUGUGUCGCUUCACCAGGGAUCUAUUUAUAGCAGCGCCACUGAGGUGGAGGGAUACGCUCUAAGAGUGGAGGGAUACAUCACAUUCUGUCGCUGAGUGUGAGUGAUAAUGUUGAAGUGCUUUGACAUUAGAGAGGAAAUAGUUCCCUACAGUCCAGUCUAGGUUUACAGUCUGUGGCUGAAGUAGGGUCAAUUAUUUUCAUUGACCUUAAAAGUCUUCCAAAAAGAGGGAAGAAGACAGCAACAGCCUAGAAUGGACUGCAUUUCUGUAUGAUCCUUUCUCAGAUCAUUGUGCUGUUUUCUUAAAAGCGGACAUGUUUUUUCAUAUUUGUAAUUUUAGAUAAGAGCAUACCUGUAAUUGAUUAUUUUAAUCAGACUUUUACUAGUGUAAAUAAUACAUGAAGUACAGUGAAAUAUUACACGAAUCGUAUGAUGUUUUAACAGUAAUAAACAUACUGAUGCAUUUUUCUUAUUUCUCUUUAUUUUAGGUAUUUCCACCCAGGAAAUCAAUCACAGGACGGGUGGUCCACAUCUGCAACCUCCCCGAGGGCAGCUGCACAGAGAAUGAUGUCAUCAACCUGGGACUGCCCUUCGGGAAAGUCACCAACUACAUCCUCAUGCGCUCUACCCACCAGGCGUUUGUGGAGAUGGCGUACAUUGAGGCGGCCCAGGCUAUGGUUCAAUACUACCAGCUGACUCCAGCCACGAUCAACGAUCAGAAACUACUGAUCAGGAUGUCCAAGAGAUACAAGGAGCUUCAGCUCAAGAAACCAGGUAAAGACGUUGAUUCAAUCAUCCAGGAUAUCAACUCUCUGAGGGAAAGGGACGAGAUGCAGGAGAUUGAUCACUACAUGCCAGAGAGAGCGCGGUCCCGUAGUCCCAUCAGCCGCUCUCUGAGCCCUCGCUCCCACAGCCCCAGCUUUACCUCCUGUAGUUCAGCCCACAGCCCGCAGGGGGCACCCUGCCGAGGAGGCCCGGAACGGGGCUCCUGGACCGCCAAACACAUGAGAAAGGGGGACGAGGACAGAGAACGAGAGAGGGAAAGGGACGAGGUGCCAUGGAGGAACGGAGGUACAGUGGAUGACGACAGGCUGAACGGGAGGAUGCAGGAUCGAUGGAACAAGCCGUACCUGAAACCCUCCGACCGAGACCGGAUCAGUCCCAGAUCAGCGGACGAAAGAGGUGGAGGAAGAGGGGAGGGGAUGAGGGGGGGGAACAGGGGGGGAGACUGGUACCCCCACCCGCGGUGUAGCCCUCAGGGGAUGCCCCCCUUCCCUUCGUACAGGAACAUGGAUGAGGACUCCUACAAAACACAGCACGUGUAUAAGUCAGAGAAGCCCCUGAGGCCACAGUACCAGAGACAUGAGGAGGGGAGAGUCAAGUCAAAGAGGAGGGAUGGAGGGGACUACCACAGAUCCAGACACUCAGAGUCAGAGCUGGGAGAGGAGUCUUUACCCACCAGGACAGGAGAAGACAGAAGACAGAGAGGAGGCUCUCCGACAUGGGGAAGGAGCAAGAAACCCACCAUGAAACACGGGACGGAGAAACCGGAAAUAGAGAUUACUGAAAAUAACGGAGAAACCGCUGAGGAUCAGCGAUCCAAAGAGAAGUCUGUUUCUCCUCAACGAAGUGGCAAGCAUGAGAGAGAAAAAGACAGCGAGGUGGAGGAGUGGGAGAGUGGGGACGACACAGAGGGUGAGUGCUGGUACCCCAAGAACAUGGAGGAGCUGGUCACAGUGGACGAGGUAGGAGAGGACGACUCCAUCAUCGAACCGGACCUCCCUGAGCUGCAGGAUGACGAGGAUGUGUCAGCCUCAGACCUCCAAAAGGAUCCUACGGAGGAGGAGGAGGGAGAGGCUCCACGAUCAACCUCCACCCCCAGUCCCAGGCCCUGCUCUGAGAAGGAGUUAGCCCAGAGAGAGGAUACCGAGUUGGGUAGAGGAGGUGGGGUAGGUGGGGUGGUGGAUCCUAUACCUACAGAGCAGAAAGAUGGGGAGAUUAGCACAAACCCCAGCCCCACAGACCAGUCACUGCCACAGCCACAGCCACAGCCACAGCCACAGCCACAGCCACAGCCACAGUCACAGCCACAGCCACAGCCACAGCCACAGUCACAGUCACAGCCACAGCCACUGCCACAGCCACUGCCACAGCCACCCAUCCCAGUAGCCUCAGAACAGCUCAGUUCAGAUCUGGAUGAUUUCCCCAACCCGGAGUUCAAGGCAGCCCUGGAAGAGACGUGUUUGGAAGUUGAAGUAAUGAAGAGUGGAGCGCCGACGCAGGAGCUGGCGCUAACCAAUCACGCUGGCGCGUGUGAAAGCAGCAAGACCCAGGAUGUAAUACACAAGAUGGAGGACGUGGGGAGGGAAGUAACGGUCAUGAAGCCAGACAUACAGCAGCACAAGGCUGAGACUCCUAGAGUCAUCCAGAAUUCAACACAUGUCCCACGUCCUAUAAACCUGAUAGACAUAGGGGCUCCCUCACCUUCUAGAGGGCAGGAGAAGAUUAUCAGUGAACACAGCAUCCCUCUGGGGGUGGAGUUCAUCGUGCCCAGUACGGGGUUCUACUGUAAGCUGUGUGGCCUGUUCUACACCAGCGAGGAGACAGCCAAGACCUCUCACUGUCGUAGUACUGUCCACUACAGGAAUCUUCAGAAGUACCUGUCUCAGCUGGCAGAGGAGAGUCUACUUGGUGCACUAACUGACCCCUCAGCUACAGAGUGACCUCUGACCUAUACUCAUCAUUCGGUACUGUCAAGUUGAUAUGGUGGACAGCGUUGCGUGUGUGCUACAGACUGAGUGAUCUGAGCUUGCCAAGGACUACUCAACGAAAGAGACAUGAAUAAAUGACAUAUCGGAUGGAAGUCACACAGUGAAAUGCACUGGACCCAGAGAGAAGAGCGAUUCUCUGAGAAUUGCUUGGACUAAAACUCAUUGCUACAAAUCAAAUCAAAUGUUAUUGGUCACAUGCUCCAUAUACAGUAAUACAUAUUACCGUGAAAUGCUGACUUACGAGCCCAUUCCCAACCAUGCAGAGUUAAAAACAAAGACAAAUAUUUGCUAAAGAAAAUAGUAACGCAACAAAGUAACAAUAACGAGGCUAUAUACAAUCUAGCAAUAUGUUUGAUUUUGUACAUAGUAUAAACAAUACUGUAGUUUAAAAAGGUUCCAGUGUUAAUGUACUACGUUUGUGAAAAUGAAAACCGGUCACCAAAGAUUUGUGUUAAAAAGAUAUUUAUGUAUCUUUCACCCUUUGAUUUAUUUGCAGUAGAGAAUAAAUGUGUUUGUUUUUCAUCGUGGGAAUAAACACAGCCUUCUUUCUAGUCAUUAUUGUAGAAGUCAGACUCUGUGAUAUAGUGAACUGAAAGUCAUCCAUAUUAGUAUUUGUCCUGGUUCUGGUUCCAUGUUGUUCCAUGUAGCUGUACUCCAAGUAGUACUUUAAUCAUUUGGUUUAACUUGUCAUUUUAGUCUGUAAAGUGUUAGGGAUAUUACAUAGUGCGUUAUUAGAUGCAAAGUGCCUUGGAACAUGUCUGCCAUUGUUAGAUGUAGCGGUUUAGAAGUAAUCCUCAGGUUGGUUUAAUUCGGAUAUUUGAAUUUUGAAUGUAUAUUUCAUUACACAGUGUUUUUGUGUAUAACUGGAGGAUAUGAAGGCCUACACUUGUUAUACCUACUGUGUCUGUUCAUUGAGACAAAAUGGAAUACGGUUCCCGACAGACAUGGACAAAGACAUAUCAAAAUACAGAAAUCAUCCCAGUAUGAUGCAUUUUGCAUCAAUUUUGAAAGUUACAUAUCUUGAAAGGUUAAGUGCUGUAAAUGCUUUAGUCCCGAAAUUAUGACAAGCAGAACAUUUUGGGACUAUAUCAACAAUCGACUAAUGAAACAAAUACCUAAAAAUAUUUUUUGUGUGGAAUUUUCCUUUAAAUUGAGAUACAGUUUUGCCAAUGUAUCACCAUACGUUUUCUUCAGGUUUUCUUCUAUUGUGUUUUGUCCCGUAUUUAAUUUAAUUUAAAAAAUACUUUGACAACUUUGUGAAUUGUAAAGUUUGUCACAAUCAGGUUCAAUAUUUUGCAAAUGUCUAAAUAAUUUAUACAGUGCCUUUAAACUGUAGAGAGACUUGAACUGGACCAUGUGUGUUAUUUAAGAGUUAAAUGAAGUGUUAAGAGUUAAAUGAAGUGUUAAGAGUUAAAUUAAGUGUGAUUUUAAGUCAGUAUAAUAUAUUAUCGAGGCAGGGUUUGAAACUUGCUCUCUCUCUCUCUGUUUUCUACACUGUGAAUGUUGCUCCAAGUUUUAAGAUUGUGUUUAAGAUUUCGUUGAACUUUUCUUAUGGUUAUUUUCUGAUGAAAUCAUUUGAAUAAAAAUGUUAAGAGAGAAAGCUGUUUGUGUAUCAGUGGCGGAGGCUGAGGGGAGGACGGCUCAUAAUAAUGGCUGGAACGGCACAGAUGGAAUGACAACAAACACAUGGAAAACAUGCGUUUGAUGUAUUUCAUGCCAUUCCACCUAUUCCACUCCAGCCAUUACCACGAGCCCGUCCUCCCCAAUUAAGGUGCCACCAACCUCCUGUGGUGUGUGUGUUGCCAAUUUAGCAAUUUUCUCACAUUGAAUAAUGGGAUGCAAAAUAAUGAGUUUAGUUUAUUAGAUAAUUUGGAAAGCAAAACACAGUAAAAGACUACGUAAAUAAAUAAAAUCCUUGAGGAUGAGAAAAACUGCUACUUUCAUGUGCAUGAGGCAUUGUGACGUUCUACUGUUUGAGGGGAGCGCCCCCAGAUGUUAAGGUAGGAUAUUACACUUGUCAGACAAAACUAAUUGUAUAAUGAUUAUUCCUUUUGAUAGCACAGACUUGGUCAAGUCAAUUGCACUCUUGGACAUGAUCAUUGACAUUACACAUUACAGUCAAAUG